AUGAAGAAAAAGGUAUCUGAUAAAAAGGCGAAAAAUGCCAAAGUAAUCAAAAAGGAUAAAAACGCCAAAAGGAAGAAAAAGAACAAGGUUAACGAGGUGGAUUCAGAUUUAUCGGACUUUGAAGCAGAGUUUGUGGAGGAGCUGCCAAAAGAUGUGAGCUUCAAAGUGAAUAAACUCAUAAGAGAAGCCAACGAGGAAAUAUCAACUCCGCGAGUUAGCGGCAUAGAUUUCUUGGAAAAGGACCCGAUCGUUGACUUUGAUCUUCCAGUCGAUUCCUCAGGAUUCCUCCCAGAUUCCACAUUGGACACCAACGCAAUCUGGAGUAAAUUAAAUAACAUAAAGCAGACCCAUGUUACGAAGGAAGAUGUAUUGGCUAAGAUAAGACCGGUGUAUAAGGAGAUUGGAGAGUACCUGUCGAAGUAUAGGAGCGGAGGACUUCCGAAGGCGUUCAAGGUGCUCCCGAAAAUGAGUAACUGGCUGGAGAUGGUGCAGCUGACAAAUCCAAGUAACUGGUCGCCUAACGCAAUGUACGAAGUGACGAGGCUGUUUUCGUCGAACAUGAACGAAGAGAACGCGGAGACGUUUUACAGCUGCGUGCUGCUGCCGGCAGUGAGGGAGGACCUGGCGAAAAGUAAGACGCUGAACCACCACUACUACGAGGCCCUGAUAAGGGCAAUAUUUAAGCCGACAGCAUGGUUCAAGGGGCUGUUGCUCCCACUAGUGGAGGAGGGGUGCACCUACAGAGAAGCGGCGAUCAUCGGAAGUGUGCUGAGGAAGGUGUCAAUACCAGUGUUGCACGUGUCAGCAUUCAUAAUACAGAUGUGCAAGAGCCAGAAGUGGUAUGGUAGCACGAGCUUCAUACUGACGAUAUUCUUCCAAAAGAAGUUUAGAUUGCCAAUCAAGGUCAUAAAGGAGUGCCUAAUGCACUUUUAUAAAUUUAUACACUUUCACGACGCACUGCCAGUGAUAUGGCAUCAAUCACUAUACGUGUUUUUAUACAACUACAAACACAUGCUGAAUGAAGAGGAUCAUAAAUUAGUGAGGGAACUGUUAAGUAAACACAACCAUCCAGAAAUAGGAGUGACAAUAGAUAAACUGCUAUCAUGUAGAAUAGAAGAUGUAAUUAUGGAAUGA